AUGCCCGCGCUGCCGCACGCCGCGCCCCCGCCCUCGCCUGCGCGCCGGUCUCGCGCCUCGGUGGGCGACCUCGCCACCGUGCUCCGCGCAGGCCUGGGCGGUCCGCAUGGCGGCGCCGCGCGGGAGCCGCACCGCUGGCGGGAGCACCUGCGGCGCCUCGCGGACGAGGCCGCGGACCUGUGCGACGUGCCCGCGGAGGUGUCCCGGCUGCUGCUCCAGGAGGAGCUCGGCGCCGAGGGCGCUCCGGACGAGGCCCGCGCCGAGUGUCGGAGGAGGAUGGCGCAGCUCACGGAGGAGUACGAAGCCAACCUCCGAGGUGUCCAGGCGGAGUUCGCUCGGGCCAGGGGGGCGCGGGGGGGAAACGCCCCCGCGAGCAGCAGCACCCCCUCCAGCGGCGGCCCCCCCGAGGAGGCGGCGGGCGCGUGCGCCGAGGCCCGCCCGCCGCCCAGCCUGCUGGGCCGCUUCUCGGAGGACUGCGGGCCCAGCGGCGGGCCCGAGGCGCCAGCGCGCUCCCGCAGCGGCGAGCGGCGCCCCUCGAGGCCAGGCUCGGCGGGCCGCCCGGACGCGGGCGGCUUCCCCCUCGGCGCCAGGGGCGCGCCCCGGAGCCCGCAGAGGGCCGACGGGCCCGAGGGCGCGGGCGCCGGCGGCGCCGCGCCGGCGGCGGCGGGCAAGAGGUCCUCGGUGGAGCAGGCGGGCACAGCUGGCAUCGGCCAGGGCCCGAGCGCCCCGCAGGCCCGGGGUCCGGGCGGCGAGCGGAGGGCAUCGAUGCGGUGGGUGGUCGACAGCCUGCCGCGGCGCUCGGACCCAGCCCUGCGCCUGCGGAGGUGCGGCGACGUGGCGUGCCCGCCGGCUCUGCCCGCGGUGUCGGGGGACUACAUCAGCCUCAGGAUCCUGAUCACCGCAGGUGCACCACCGACGUUCGCCAACUCCGACACGAACAAGCCAUGGAAGCCAGCUGCCAAUAUUUCGAGCCAGAACAUCACCAUGCCCAAGCCUGGAAGGGACGCCACUUGGUGCAAGGUGUGCGGCAUGUUCUGCUACAACGACCAGCGCGAGAAGUUCGACUACACGUGCCAGUAUUGUGGCAACUUCCUCAAGGGACGCCCCAGUGGACAACGGGUCUACGGCAGCACCUACGGCACCUCAGACUACUACGGGGACAGCUACGGGGCCGACGCCUCCGUCAUCUUGGCAAGGUGCAAGGAGGACUGCAGCAAGAUUGCCAGCAGUUUGCAAAGGAUGGAGCGCUACUCGCAGUACUCGGCGUUCUCGCAAUGGGCGGGGGAGCAGUACGCAGCGCCGCCUGGCAAGCUAUUUCGACUUAUCAAGGAUAAGCCUGCAGCGAAGGACGCGUUCGAGGACUGGCCGGUCGUCUCCUCCGAUCCGCUCACGGCGAUGGAUAUCAGAGCGAAGGUUUGGCGCAAGAAGUGGAGUGAUUCUGAUGCCGAGACGGCGUCGUAUCUCCUGAGCGCAGCGCGCGACCGUUUCAGGGAAGAUCCUGUCCCCACCUUUGACUUGGAGACGCUGGGGGAGGGCGUCAGGAGGAUGAGAGGCACUUCGGCCAAGGGCAUCGAGCAGCUGGGUAAGCAAGAUCUGGUCUGGCAUCCAGAACAAUGCAAGUUGGAAUUGGUGCAACUAUUUCAACGCAGCGAGAAGGAGGUCGCUGGGCCUUGGCAGCCCACAGUGAUUUUGGUGACACUCACGAGGAACCUUCAGGCCCUGGUGCGCAGUUGCCUGGACGAGGCGGUGGCCCUAUCUACGAUUCAAGGCUGGGCGCAGGCGGGUAUGAUGUGGGAUAUCGAAGGCUUCUGCGACGCUCUUAAGUGGGAGUUAUUGCUCGAAUCAGGAGCUGCCGUGAGGAAGAUCGGUGCCAAGCUCGCUAUGAUGGGGGUCUCACCGAUGGCAGACUAUUCGGACAAGGUGUUCGGCGCUACCCCCUCAGUUAUCAACGGCUGGAGGAAGGCGCCCGGGCAGACUCUGGCUAGGCGGAUCGACAACAGAGCGCAGAAAGACAGAUGGCGUGGUAUCACUGGGGUGGUAUCUGCUAGGAUCGCCACGCUAUUGGACAUAGACGCCAUCCCGGACACCAUCGAUAGGAUGCUGUGGGACAGGGCUUCGCGGCGCUGCGACGGCAAGGGCCUGCCAGAAGGACUUGAGAUGGCAGGAGACGUAUCUUCGUCGCAGCUGGUCUCGUUCUUGCAGUGGUCUACCAUCUCCCGACACUUAUCCGACGUGCUCACGAUGAUUAUGAACAGCUACCCUGCCUUUGGCUUCGUGGGUCGGCUUCCGACGACCAACUUGGGCAUCUGGCUAAAGCUGAAGCAGGUGUUGAUGCCGCACCCGUCGCUUCUCAAUGUGGUCAAAAUCAAGAGCCACAUGUCAGUGGAAGAGGCGGCGAACACUGGCGCCAUGGUGGAGUACUACCUGGCCAAUGCUACGGCUGAUGGAGCGGCAGGCGGAGCCGAAGAGACUGCGCCCAACACGUUCGAUGGCAGUGUGUUCGGCGCAAGGGCAGUGUUCAGCGAGUUGGAGAUGUUGGAGUGUUGGUGCAAGGCCCGCCUUGACCGGCACACCGCUGGCGCCCUGCGGCCCCCGUGCGCGGCCGGCCUCGGCGCCCUCGGGCUCGGCCCUCGGCCGCGGGGCGCCGCUGCGGUCCGCUGGAAUACGAUGCUGACGUCGGCGGUCAUGCAUGCCGCCGUGAGACUGGGCGUUCCAGACGCGCAGUGCACGUGGCGCCCCCCGCGCGCGGGCGGGCCGCGCAUGGCGGCCGCCUGGGCCGCGCGGGGGCGGUCCGCGGCCGCCGCUGCCGCCCCGCGGGGCGCCGCGCGCCCGCCCACGACCGCCGCCGCGGCGGCGCCGCCGAGCCGAGGGCCGCUGCCGCGGCUGUGCGGGUCGCAGGCGCGGCCGGGCGGCGCGCCCGUGCGCGUGCUGGAGCACGACCGCUGGAGCGCCCUGACCCUGGCCACGCUGCCCGUGCGGAACUUCUUGCGCACGUGGAGGGUGCGGCCCCUGAACCUCGUGUUCCAGCGGCCCGUGUGGGACGCCGAGGAGUUCGCCGACGGCGCGGCCGGCGCCUUCCGGCGCGUGGGGGAGCUGCAGGAGGCGGGGGACUUUGAGGCCCUGCGCUCCCUCGUGGCUGCGGGCCUCCUCGGCGAGCUCCGGGCCGCGGCGGCGGCGGGGCGCGGCACCGCGCGGGCCGUGCUGGACGUGAGGCCGCUGGGCGUGCUCACGACGCGGCUGUGGCAGGACGAGAACAGGAGACCGCUGGUCUGUGGGAGGGUCCUUCCUCAGGCACCUGAGCCUGUGGGUCACCCAGGUGCUGCGGGCCACCGAGGAGUACCGGCUCGCCGGCGACGUCUGGCACGUGGAGAGGCUGCACCGCUGGACCUUUAAGCGUGUCCUGCUCAGCGACUCGGAGGAGGUGGUGGGGGACUGGCAGCUGACCGCGAUGGACAAGGGGCGGUGGGUACCGCCGACGGCCGCUGAGCGCACUCCGCGGUGAGAGCGCGGACGCCCUGUACGGGCGUCUCGGCGCGCCUUCGGCCGAAAAGUGCAGCACAACUGCAGGGACAGCAGCCUCGUGAGCGGGGAUCCGAACCGAUCCGCGACGCUUACAUCACAGGCCUAGAGGUUGACACAACACCAAUAUCGGCGGUGUGCCUCCACC